AAUUUGUGGUCUGCCAUAUAACUUUCAAGAAGGAAGCUUUCUAAACAAGCGACGAUAAGCCUGCUAUUAAUCGACAAAUUGGCCCGAUAUGACUGCUAUCAAACCAUUCGAGAUGGAGCGUCCAAGACACCGUCCGUUUCUGAUUGGUGUUAGCGGAGGAACUGCCAGUGGCAAGUCUACCGUAUGUGCCAAAAUCAUGGAGUUACUGGGCCAGAACAAGGUGGACCAUCAUCAGAGGAAAGUUGCUAUCGUCAGCCAAGACAGUUUCUACAGAGUCUUGACACUUGACCAGAAGGCCAAGGCACUCAAGGGCCAGUACAACUUUGACCACCCAGACGCUUUUGACAACGAGUUGAUGUACCAAACCCUGAAGGAUAUUGUGGAGGGGAGUGUGGUGGAGGUGCCAACAUAUGACUUUGUCACGCAUUCCAGGCUGCAGGACAGGAUCACGGUGUACCCGGCUGAUGUGGUUCUGUUUGAGGGCAUUCUGGUAUUCUACUCUCAGGAAGUGAGGGACAUGUUUCACAUGAAGCUCUUCGUGGACACUGACUCUGAUGUCAGGCUUUCCCACAGAGUUCUGCGGGACAUGAAGAGGGACAGAGACCUGGAGCAGAUCCUUAACCAGUACACCACGUUCGUCAAGCCAGCCUUCGAGGAGUUCUGUUUACCUACCAAGAAAUAUGCAGAUGUAAUUAUUCCUAGAGGAGUUGACAACAUGGUGGCCAUCAACCUCAUCGUGCAGCACAUCCAGGACAUCCUGAAUGGGGACCUCUGUAAGUGGCAGCAUGGAGGAGUGGUGAACGGGCACAGCCGUGGCUUCAAGCGGGCCUUCUCGGAGCAGGGGGACCUGGACAACGCCACCUCCAACCUUCCCCUAGGGAAGAGGGUCCUACUGGAGCCGAGCAGUCGCCCCCACUGAGGCAGCCAUCUCUGUGCGUGUUUACUCUGACUGACAGUCUACUUCUAUAUACAAUUUCCUAAUAUUGAGUUGCACCCCCUUUUGCUCUCAGAACAGCCUCAAUUCGUUGGAGCAUGGACUCUACAAGGUGUUGUAAGCAUUCCACAGGGA